UCAAUUCUUACAUAUCCCUCCCUUAUCUCUUCAAAACACCAAGAAAAAAGAGAAUGGCUUUGACAUGUCCUUCAUCUUCUUUCAUCAAUUUAAAAGAUACCAAAACUUUCAAAACUCCCGAUGACUUCUCCGGCAUGGUUUGUUUUGAACAAACCAAGCCAUCAUGCCGUCUUCGAGCAAAGAUUUCGAUCCAAGCAGCUCAAUCGACAUGUGAAAGAACCUCGCCUUUGGAAGGGAGGACAAACGAGCAGACGGAGAAUCUUCACCGCCUAUCAGGUGCUCCUAGUAAAAAUGAAUCGAGGGUGCCGGUGUUCGUGAUGCUGCCUCUCGACACCAUAUCCCUCGGGGGAAGCUUAAACAGACCGCGAGCAAUGAACGCCAGCUUGAUGGCCUUGAAAAGUGCGGGAGUUGAAGGAGUAAUGGUAGAUGCUUGGUGGGGGUUGGUAGAGAAAAAUGGGCCCUUGAAAUAUAAUUGGGAAGGGUAUGCUGAUCUUGUGAAGAUGGUGCAAAAGCACGGCUUGAAGCUCCAGGCUGUUAUGUCUUUUCAUCAGUGUGGAGGGAAUGUUGGAGACUCUUGCAGCAUUCCUCUACCCCCAUGGGCGCUCGAAGAAAUCAGCAAGAAUCCUGAUCUUGUCUAUACAGACAAAUCGGGCCGCAGGAAUCCCGAGUACAUCUCCUUGGGUUGUGAUUCAUUACCAGUGCUCGGAGGAAGAACACCCAUUCAGGUUUACUCAGAUUACAUGAGGAGCUUCCGUGAAAGAUUCAAGGAUUAUUUGGGAGAGGUUAUUGUGGAAAUUCAAGUGGGGAUGGGCCCUUGUGGAGAGCUGAGAUAUCCAUCCUAUCCAGAAAGCGAUGGAACUUGGAAGUUUCCUGGAAUAGGAGAAUUCCAAUGCUAUGACAAGUACAUGAGAGCUUCCCUGGAAGCAACAGCUGAGGCAAUCGGAAAGAAAGAUUGGGGAAUAAGUGGGCCUCAUGAUUCAGGCCACUACAAACAAUUCCCUGAAGAGACUGGAUUCUUCCAAAGAGACGGGACGUGGAACAACGAGUACGGACAGUUCUUCCUAGGAUGGUACUCCGGAAUGCUACUAGAUCAUGGCGACAGGAUCCUAGCAGCUGCAGAAGGAAUCUUCGAAGGGACUGGAGCUAAACUGUCUGGAAAAGUAGCUGGCAUUCAUUGGCACUAUGGAACAAGAUCCCAUGCAGCCGAAUCAACCGCUGGAUACUACAAUACCAGGCAUAGAGAUGGUUACCUACCAAUAGCUCGAAUGUUGGCUAAACAUGGAGUCAUACUCAAUUUCACGUGCAUGGAAAUGAGAGACAGGGAACAGCCAGAGAAUGCAAAAUGCUCACCUGAAGGGUUAGUUCGGCAAAUAAAGAAGGCAACUAAAACUGCUGGAACAGAACUCGCUGGGGAGAAUGCAUUGGAGCGGUAUGAUGCAGGUGCAUUUGCUCAAGUUAUGGCAACAAGCAGAUCAGAUUCUGGAAAUGGGUUGAGUGCGUUUACAUAUCUACGGAUGAAUAAGCGGCUAUUUGAAGGGUCGAAUUGGGGGCACUUUGUCGAAUUUGUAAACAGCAUGUCAGAAGGUGGACGGAAGACAAGACUCCCAGAGUGUGACUCAAGCAAGACAGAUCUUUACGUUGGAUUUAUCACAAAGAAUAAUGUGAAGAAGAUUGAAGAGGCUGUGCUCGUGUAAAAAUAAUGUGUAUAUUCAUGUAUAAUAAUGUUUAAUGGUUCGGUCCAUACUAGGGUAGUGAAGAAGAGAAAAAUGGAGCAAAAAAAGAAUAAAAAAUUAUACACCAUACAUUUCGCACAACCGCACAAUUCACUGAGCUCUGAAGGUUGUUAAAAACAAGAAAAUAAUAAAGAUCGUAUAUCUACCUCCACAUCAUGAAUGGAGAAAAAAUAUUCACCAUUGCUCUUAGAAUCCUGCUUUUUGGUAGUCCUGGAAAACCUGUAGAGAUUGGAUCAAUACAUUGUGCUUUAUUUAAGAUUAAAAUGAGUAUAUUGUACCUUUUGUAGCAUGUAAUAUAUACGUUUUUUCUGUUC